ACACACACACACACACCACACACACACACACGGAACAGGAGUGUCAGGUGUCUCACUGUGUGUUCUGUCUCUUCUUUCUCUCUUUCUUUCUUUCUGUUGAAGCAGGUGACACAGUGAAGAAGGUGUGGAGAGUUUCGAGAGUUGGAAAAUAAAUAACACAAAUCCUGAGGAAUUAACAAAAUCUAAAACAAACAAACAAAUAAACAAACAAAAAGUCCAGACGAGAGGCAGCUCAAACACCAGGGCGUGGCCAUGGAGUCGGCGCCAUUCAGUCGGAAGCAGUGGUCGUCUCAGUCGUUACGCAUUACGGCCAAGGAGCUGUCGCUGGUCAGCGCUCGAGGGAAACACAACGCCAUCGCAGAACGCUUCUCCAAGUAUCAGAAGGCUGCAGAGGAAACAAAUGCCGACAAGAAAAAAGUGCCGGGGGAGAGCCGGCCAUCUGCAGUCCGCUCAGGGAACCUGAGCGUGUUGAAGAAACGCUGGGAGGAGAAGCAGAAAAACGCACCGGCCGUGAUCACACCAGUCCUUCCAGCAGAACCCCGACCUCCAACUCGCUCCCACAGCUUCAGACCUGUGAAGGUUCAGAAAGAGAAGAAAGGUGAGGUGGAGGACGUGAUGGAGACAAAGCAGGAGGUGAAGCUGGAGGUGAAGCAGGAGGUGAAGCAGGAGGUGAAGCAGGAGAUGAAGCAGGAGGUGAAGCCGGAGAAGGUGAUGGAGGUGCAGAAGAAGGUGGAGGAAGAACAGAAGAAGGAGGUGGAGGUGAUCUCACUGUCCAGCUUGGAGAAACCGAGUGUCGCUCUCAACAACCUCAAGCUGAUGUUUGAGAAAGGAGAAACCAAGUCACGGCGCGUGAACAGCACUUCAGAAGACUCGGAUAAUCGACCAGCAGACAGAGGUUUGGUCUCACUGGAACGAUCCAAGUCUCUGAGGGACAGAAUGGCGAAGUAUCAAGCCGCCGUGUCCAAACAGGACUCAUGCAGUCCUCAGAACUCGUCGACUCCGGCGGAGACCGAGGUCAGGAGUUCAGCAGUGGAUCUGAAGGAAAAUGCGCCCCCUAGUCGUGGAGAGCAGCCUGAGAAAGAGAGCACAACAUCCGAGUCGAUGACUAAACCCAAUGGUGUGGUAGCUGAUACAGGAAGUUCGAACGCUGCAGCAAUUGAGCCAGAAACCAAUGACGCACCCAAAUUUGUCCGGGGGCAGAAGUUUCGUUCUACUGUGCGAGAGACUUGCGUUGCUUGCCAUAAGACCGUUUACCCCCUGGAGAAACUGAUGGCCAAUCAACAAACUUUCCACAACUCCUGUUUCCGCUGUGCUCACUGCAACACCAAACUCAGCUUGGCCAACUUUGCCUGCCUGCAUGGAAGCAUCUACUGCAAACCUCACUUCAACCAGCUCUUCAAGUCCAAAGGUAACUACGACGAGGGCUUCGGACACAGGCCUCAUAAGGAACUGUGGACGGCCCGAGGUGAUGAGGAGGAGAACGAUGAGUCUGAGAAGCCAAAGCCCUCUUCACCUGACCCCAUCCCAGUUAAACCACCCAGUUCAGAAAAAGUCUUGGAUCAAAAUUCCGUAGUUGAAGACACUCCGAUAGGAAAAGUCACCGAUCUUACAACAUCUCUGGAGACCAAAAUUCAGCCGCCAGUUAAAGAAAUAGAGAAACCUGCAAUUUCUGUGGAGACAAAAAAAUUGAAGGUUGCUUGGCCACCACGAGCUGAAGGUUCCAGUUCUGCUCCCGAAAGAGGAAGAAGCCCGAUUAAAGUCUUCAAGCUAAAAUGGCCACCACAGGAAGAGGUCCAGUCCAAUCUGGAGAGCACAGAGCGAGUGGAGUUGAAGAAUCUGAGACGGAGUGCAUCUCUCAAAGAACGAAGUCGACCUUUUUCUGUGGCACCAAGACUGGAGUCCACCAAUCAGGAGCAACCACACCCCCUCAAGACCACUUUAAUGAGGCGUGGCUCUCUGGAGCUUCGUUCAUCUUCCAAGAUACAAAUUAUCCAAAAGAAUAAAGGUGAGGAGAGCUCAGAAGUAGGAAAGCCCUCAGAGUCAGACCACAAGGCUUUAAAUAGCAGUGAGGCAGAUGUUCCUCCAAAACAAGAAGAGAAACCCAAAAUCCCUCCAUCGAUCCUGAAACGGCCACAAUCAAACAAAAGCAAGGCUUUCGAUGACCAGAUAGAGGCUGAGGAGGAACCAAAAAAAACCCUGGAACUUAAGAAGACAUCACCUCCUGUAGCUGUGGAGGACAACAGGACAUCUCAAGAUGUUGGUUUCUGGGAUGGAGAAGAAGCAGAAGAAUCCCUCACCGUGGAGGAGAGGAUCAAGAGGAACCGAUACUAUGAAGAUGAAGAUGAUAAUGAAGAAGUUGCUGAAGUUUGAAUCCACUCGUCCCUCAGGAUCUGCUCAGACUCUGACUGCGUUCUUAGAAUAAUGAAAAGUAAUUUUGGGGGAAAAGCCAUAAAUGGUGGAGGUGAUGAGGUUCUUCUUAUCAUUUUAUUUUCAUCUUCAUCAUCUCUAUUUCUGACUGGAUUAAAAAAAAACAAGCACAUUAUUUUAUUGCUGGUGCUUUUAAUGUCACCAUUUUAACCACUGUUUUGUUUUGUUUUUUAGAGCUGGAACAAAAUGCUGUUUUUAUUGUUUAGGGUUUUAUAAUUCUAUGGUUUCACUUCCAACAUUUCUCUCUCAGGAGCCCUACUGGGACCAAAUUUAUUUUUAUUAUAUAUUUCAGGGUUUUUUGGUAUAUCUUUUGCCGCUUCAACCCUGUAGUUAGUCCACUUAUCCAGACGACCUUUAAAUACCUUCAGCAAUCACAAAAUGACAACCAUUUUGGACGAAUCUUUCAAAAAGUAGAAAAUUAUGAGUAGUUACUAUCGACCUCAUUGCUGCAUCUCCAUAUUUCUUCUCUCGGAGUAUACUGAAAUUAAAGUUUUGUCAAUCAGAAGGUUAUAGUUAUAAUGAGGUAGCUAUAAUGAGUGACAGGGAUAAAACCUCAGUUUAUUUGGCCUUUGGAUACAAUUUUAUGCAAAUUUUACCAUUAAAUAUCCUAGAGUAUGGGGAAAAAAAUGGAGAAUAAUAGUGGGCCUAAAGCAGAGCCUUGUGGGAUACCAUACGGUAACAAUUAUAUUUAUGAUGCUUCUGUACAUUCUGGAAAUUUGAAUCUUGUACUUUUAGGUGAAAGAAAAAUAUGUAAUGUGUUCUCUCUUCAUGAGAAUUUUAGGAAUAGGCACUAAAAAAGAUGUGUUGCUGGAAAUGUCAGUUUCUGGUGUAACAGAAUAUUAUCAUAUUAUAAACUGUAGCACUGUAUCAAUAAAAACAUGCAUAAAUAUGAUCAUGUGACCAGGUGAGAGACAAAAUUCCUGAUUCAUUUAAAAAUAAAUAAAUCUGUCCAGAAACAAACACCGUCAGAAUAGGGCUAAUUUCUUAACAUCUAUUUCUUUAUAAUAGAAAAAUUUCUGCAGGAGCAAAUUAAACUGGCCAAAUUAUUUAAUACAGCAAUUUUUUGUUUAUAAUUUUGUUGCAAUAUAAUAAACAGGAACAAAAUAAGUGGCAAAAUAUAUUUACUUAAAAUGUUUUAUAUUUUAUGUCAGUGAGUCACGCUGCAGUUUCUUUCAGUUUACAGCAAUUCUUUAAAAUGGUUCUCUCUUAUUUAUACUUGAUUUUUUCUUUAAUUUUAGGACAUGAAAGGUUUUACACACGCGCACGCACACUUUUAAUCAUGUUCUCAUGUUAUUGGGAUGAUCAUCUGCUCAUGUUUUCUGUCUGAAACGCAGCACAGUGCCUCUGGAUUUGUUUUAAUGAUUCAUCUUAACUUUUAAUGCGAUUCUGGUUUUAUGCAGAUGUUUUAUAUUCUGUCCUUUAUGAUGAGACCAAACAAAGGUUUAUCUGCCUUAAAAUGUAAGAAUGUCAGAAACCUUGGUGAAGUGGAAGGCUUCAAUAAAUUUAAUAAAUGAUUUGAGAGACUUUUA